AUGACUGUUUCUUCCAUUUCCGAUAUUGAAAUAAUCCUCUGGUGCACUUGGGCCCUGACUGUCACUCACAAGGCAUGUGAAUAUACUGAAUGGAAAUUCAAUGUAGAGAAGACAGGAGGAGACCCAGUUAUACCUUCUCCAAACCUAGACAUUGAUCUGGUGAUGGCUUGUGAUCAAUUGGUUGAUCACCUGAUAAAGGCAUAUAAAAAUCCCAUUCAGAUGCAGAUCAAUGUUGCAAGAUAUAGCAAAUUGAUCUCCCUGAAGGACACCAGGCAUAAUGAAGAGAGAGAGGAGAAGUUGCUUGAGAGGUGUCCUCCUGGCCAUGAGGGCACAAAGUUGGUUGAGAUACCUGCCACAAUUCUUGAUGCAUCCAGUGCCAUCAUCGCAUGGUAUGUCCCAGACACCCCAACCAAUGCCACCCAGAAGGAAAUUUGGGUGGCCUCUGAUUUGCUCACUCCAAUCCUCAAAAAAAGUGUCAAGCUUGAUAGCAAUUGGCGAACUAAUCAAGAGUGGUUCAAACCAAGCUCAGAAAAUGAUGUCUUAACUCCUGGAUGCAUCAAUUUGUCUCUGGCAUGGUUUCAACAGGGGCAUGAGAAUCUGUCGGAUCUGGAGGCAUCUGCAUCACUGAAGGGGGCAUCCUCUGAGAAGAUCCUCAAAGCCAUUGCAAGGCCAGCAGCCAUUGCAACAGUGGCACUCAGGGUGAUGCAUCCUGAGCAGUACUGGGCAGUGAAAGGGGAUUGGAUUGCUUGGGCAUGGCAUAUGAGGGAUUCCAUUCAUGUUUAUGCUGGGGUUCUGUCAUGUGGAUGGGCUAGGGUGGAUUACAAACAGUGA